CGCCUCCAAGGAGCUGCAGCAAUGAAGGCACUAGUGUUCACCUUCCUCUUCCUCCUCAUUGCAGCCAAUGAAGCCAAAGUAUUUAAAAAAUGUGAACUGGCUUCAUUACUGAAAAGAAAUGCCAUGGCUGACUAUACCGGCUAUCCCUUGGGCAACUGGAUCUGUAUGGCUUAUCAUGAGAGUAGAUACGACACCCAAGCUAUCGGGCCACCAAACAGAGAUGGCAGUCGCGACUAUGGGAUCUUCCAGAUAAACAGCCACCAUUGGUGUGACAAUAACGAGGGCCCUACAGCUAAUGGCUGCAACAAGACUUGCAAUGAAUUCCUAAAGGAUGACAUCACAGAUGAUAUUGCUUGUGCUAAGAGAAUUGUCCAAGAUCCCCAAGGGAUGGAUGCCUGGACUGCCUGGGUGAAACAUUGCAAAGGAAAAAAUCUGUCACAAUGGACUAGUAACUGCCAGCUGUGAGACUGAUGAUGCUGCAUUUCUCUUCCUCCUCCUGUGAUGAGAAUGAUACUUCUUAUAUAAGCAACAUUUCACAAUUCAAUUCGAUGCCUGCAUCCCACAAAUUGGGAAGAACAAGUUUCUUUGCUUACAAAUGAUGAUUUUAAAAAUGUUUCUGGAUAGGAAAGUUUUGAAAACUCUUUUAAACACUUCAAAUAUUGCUUGAAAAUGUUCAAUAAAAUGAAUUGUGCAUUUU